AUGCAGGGAGCUACAGCUGUCGAGGAAAUUGACGUACUUUUGGUUGGUGCUGGCUUUGCCUCUUAUACACUACUCAACCGUCUGCGCCGGUUAGGAUAUAAAGUUGCCAUCUACGAGAAAGGUUCAGCUUCGGGCGGCAUUUGGUAUUGGAAUUGCUAUCCAGGAGCAAGAGUUGACUCCGAUACUCCCAUCUACCAGCUCUUCGACAAGGAGCUAUGGGAAGAUUUCACCUUCAGUGAACGCUAUGCUGGCUGGCAAGAGCUUCGCGAGUACUUUCAGUUCGUCGACAAGAAGUGGAAGAUCUCGGAACAUGUGACAUACAACAAGCACGUCGACGGUGCUGUCUUCGAUGAGUCGCGCCAUCAAUGGCUUGUCGAAUGCUCAGAUGGCACUGAGAUCUACGCCAAGUGGUUCCUGCCCUGCAUUGGCUUCGCAUCCCGCCGAUACACGCCUCCAUUCAAGGGUCUCAGCAACUUCAAGGGCGACAUCUACCACAGCGCCGUAUGGCCUCAGCACGGCGUGAACCUCAAGAACAAGCGCAUCGCGGAGAUUGGCACCGGUGCCUCAGGCAUCCAGAUUAUUCAGUCUGUUGGCGAUGCCGCCAAGGAAUUGACAGUCUACCUCCGCACCCCCAACAUGUGUCUGCCCAUGAACCAGCGCAAGCUUGACCCUCAGGAGGAGGAGCGCAAGAAGAAGGACGGUACAUACGAGCGCGAGAUCGAGAAGACUCGCCACACCUUCGCCGGUUUCACCUACGACUUCUUGGAGAAGAACACAUUUGACGACAGCGAGGAGGAGCGCGAGAAGGUGUACCGCAACUUGCUCGUCGAGGAGGGCGGCUUCCGUUAUUGGCUCAACACCUACAAGGACAUGCUCUUCGACACGAAGGCCAACAACGAGGCGUACAAGUUUUGGCGCAAGACCGUGCUCAGCCGCUUCAAGGAUCCCAACAGCGAGAAGGCCAAGAUCCUCGCCCCCGAGAUCCCGCCGCAUCCAUGGGGCACUAAGCGCCCAUCACUCGAGCAGCGCUUCUACGAGGUCGUGGACCAGGACCACGUCAACGUCAUCGACAUCAACCAGUCGCCCAUCACCGAGGUGACGGACAAGGGCAUCGUGACGGAGAAGGAGGGCCUCAAGGAGGUAGACGUCAUCAUCCUCGCCACGGGCUUCGACUCAGUCACGGGCUCCCUGGCGCAGCUCAACAUCCAGGGUACCACCGGCGGCACUAUCGCCGACCACUGGAAGGAUGGCACCAAAACGUCCAUGGGCAUCGCCAUGCCGGAAUUCCCCAACAUGUUUUUCCUCUAUGGGCCCCAGGCCCCGACCGCGUUCAGCAACGGGCCCUCGUGCACCCAGUUCCAGGCCGAGUGGGUCGAGAAGGUGUUUAAGCUCGUCAAGGAGCAGGGGAUUACGCGGAUGGAGGCCACUCAGGAGAGCGAGGACGAUUGGUCCCGCAGGAUGAAUGAUGAGUGGAACAAGAGUCUGUUCCCCCAGGCUAAGAGUUGGUAUCAGGGGGCGAAUAUCCCUGGGAGGAAGGUUGAGCCGCUUAAUUGGGCUGGUGGCAUGGUCGCGUACGUGGAGACGCUGGAUAAGUCGGUGCAGAAUGAUUUCCAGGGGUGGAAGAUUGAGAAGGGUACCAACAAGGCUUGA